AUGACUUCCGCGAAAGGAGUGCCAGCCAAUCUUACAUCAAGAUGGAAUAUCAACACCCGCCGCUCGCCAUCAGCACCGGCUGUAGUAAACUCGUCAGCACGGAAACUCAACGCGUCCUGUAAUGGCUGCCGGAAAUUAAGAGUCAAGUGUUCCGGAGGCCAGCCAUGUCAACGCUGUACGGCAUCACCCACUCCAUGCGCCUGCAUUUACAGCAUCUCGCAGCGUCGAGGGAAGCAUAAGGCAACUGAACCGGCAAGCCAACAUACCUCUGCAAUGGCUGAUUUAGGGGCAAUGCCCCUGUUUACCCAACCUACAGAUUGGGCCGUAUCACCAGGCCUCAUCUGGAAUGGCCAGGACAUGUUGAGUAUUGAGACUGAACAGCAAAGCUUGGACCAAACUUUCUCUUCCAACCACUCGGGCUAUCAACUCAGAGAUUCACCUUCCUUGAGUGAUUUUCUGGACUCGAUAGAGCCUCCCAGCCCUCCACCAUCCACCAGCGUUGCCGAUCGAGGAAAAUGUGCCGAGUCGUGUUUUCUGCCGGUUCACAAGAUGACCAGCGAACUUAUGGGGAUAGAAACAGACUCGUCGCGGAACUCACUGGAGAAUUUACUCAAAAUGCUUGAUCAGUCGAUCAUCUAUGCCGGCAAAUAUCUCGCAUGUCCCAAUUGCGAUCCCGGGUGCCCCAGGAUAAUGAAUCUGUCAUUUCUUCACCAGCGCCAAGUCACUCUGCUCAUCAACAUCACCAAGGAUCCGGCUGCUUUUAUACAUGAGCAAGCGCCCCGGGUAAGCUUGGGAGAGUACCAGGUUUCACGAGAAGAUGACAUCGCCCUUAAGCGCAUGUUACUUUUGCGAGUGGCGCGGGAUCUUCUCAAGUCCGUGAAUGAAUGCCAUGAUAGGUCAAUGGAAUUUGAGAGGAGAUUCAAGGAGGGCACUCUGGACUUGGGAGACAUUGGGAAACUAAACCUGCGGUGGUUGCUGGAUAUUGCAGCGAAUCUGACAAGAAGACUCAACUGUGUCAAGUCUCAAUUAGAAAACAACGAAUGGGGUCUAUAUAUUCUACUAGUACACAAGACUAACCCAUCUCAAAGCAUAGCGAGUUUAACUACUUCUUCCGAAUAA